AUGACUGACUCCUAUUCUUGGUAUCGGGGGCCACGGGAAAGCCAGGUUACCAUCGUCGGCGACGACUGCUGUUUCGGCAAUGAGUACCGCUUCCCGCGCGCCGUCGAGACGGCGUACCGGCGGCGCGGCGGUGACCGUUACAACCUGGAGUCGCUGCUGCUGUUCGUGCAGUGCAAGGCGGUGAAGCACACGGAGUACAUGCAGCGCGCGCGCGCGCAAACCCUGCAGAUCGUCACCUUUACGGAUCGCAAGCCGCUCCUGGAGUACUUGGAAGGACAUCUGGGUUUGAGUCGACUAAAAAAUGUUCCCCGUUUCCCCUCUUCUCCCCCGUUCCCCCUCUUCCUCCCCCCCCAGGAGUAUCUGGAGGGCCAUCUGCAGACGACAGACGCCAUCGAUCUCAUCGCGCCUAUCGGCCUUCCCCCCUCCGCUCCGCCUUCCGCCGCGCCCCCCGCGUCCAUCCCCGCUUCCGGCGCCGCCACGUCAGCAGCUCCUGGCGGUUUAGGGCAAGGCGCGCAUGGCUCCACGUCAGCAGCGGUAGACGGUGCCACGGGGCCGGGAGGUUUGGGAGCAGCCGAGGCUGGGGAUCAGGCUCGGAAGAGGAGCAGAUGGGAUACGGACAAAAGGGCCAGUGGGGCUGGAGGAGAGGCGGGAGCAGCAGGCGCAGACGGGGGGGGAGCGGGGGGAUAUGACGUGUACGGCAAGAGGCAGAGAGGAGAAGGAACGCAGGCAGGCCUAGGAACAGGAAGAGGCAUGGCCUAUCACUCAGAGGCUGGUCACGGGAUGGCCGCUGCAGGAGUGACUGUAGGGGGGGUGGGGCUGGGAGGCGGGGGGAUGAGCGAGGAGGAGGAGAGGGAGGCGAUCAGAGACCUGAUCAAGCGAGAGCGGCCUGUGAGGGACCGCGACACGGUGCUGCUGUGCCCUCGCAAGAAGGACGCGUUCGCUUCAGUGCUGGCCAUGCUGAACCGGCGCGAGCACGAGCGCAAGAAGCUGGACGUGGCGCACCGGGAGGCCUCCAAACGCGCACACCCGCCCGCCCCCUCCUCCGCCCGCCCCUCCAGGGACGCGCGGGGGGGAGGAACGGGCGCGAAUGGUGCUGGUGGCGGGGGAGGGGGAGCGGGAGGGGGAGGGGGGCGGCAGGACGAGAGGCAGGUGUGGCGGGACUACAUGGGGACAGAUGCACUGGAGGAGCUGGGUAUCAACCCCACGCAGUCGUCAUACGUGCAGCCUGGCAGAGGGGGAAGCAGCGGUGGUGCUGCUGGUGGUGGCAGUGGGUCGGGUGCUCUAGUUGUCGCCUCCCAGGGGAAGCCAGAGGGCCAGCACGGCCGAUCUCAGCCGUCCAACCCGCCUGCAUCCUCCCGCCACGCGCGGCCCCAAGGCAACCCGGCGCACCAAUCCCAACACAGACAGCACAGCAGCUCUGGCGGCAGUGGCACCGGCAGCGCAGCAGCAGCGGCAGGAGCGAGCCUGGUGCCGAUAAUCCUGGUGCCCAGCGCAGCACAGACGCUGAUCAACAUCUUCAACGUGAAGGAGUUUCUAGAGGACGGGGCGUACGUGCCUGCGGAGGAGAAGGCGCGGGCGGCGGGGGGGAAGCGGCCCGAGAUGGUGGUGGUGCAGCGGCGCAUGGGAAGGGACAAGGCGGUGGUAUACCACGUCAGGGACCGGCCAGAGGGGCUGUCAAAACGGGACUGGGACCGGGUGGCAGCGGUGUUUGUGCUGGGCAAGGAGUGGCAGUUCAAGGGGUGGCCUUUCAAGGACCAUGUUGACAUUCUCUCCAAAGUGAUGGGGGUGUUUGUGCGCUUUGAGGAUGACAGUGUGGAGUCAGCAGCCACAGUGAAGCAGUGGAACUGCAGCAUCCUCGCUAUCAGCAAGUACAAGCGGCAUCAGGACCGCACGGCAGCGCUCACCUUCUGGGACAGGCUUGACAAAUUCCUGGCCGCCCGCAAGUCAGUCCUCACCUACUAG